AUUUCCAUUUGCAUUUUCAUUUGCACACCAUCAACGGCAAUCGGCAUUUCUCGCCAAAUCGACCCAUCGGCACCAGCGAAACAGCGCCGCCAUCGACACCCCCGAGCGAUGCACAUCCGCAACAGAUAUGCGAAUAACAUGCCGAACUUUGCCGAGGUCGCCGCCGAGCAUCCGCCGCUAUCGCAAUACCUCAAGAAAACACGGGCAGGGCAUGUCUCGAUCGACUUCAAGAACCCCCGGGCCCUGCGAGAGCUGACAUAUGGCUUGUUGUGGAAGGACUUUGGCAUCCGGCUCGAGAUUCCCUUGGACUCGCUGUGUCCACCGAUUCCCAACAGGCUGGACUAUCUGCUCUCUCUGCAAGAUAUGCUGCUCCUGCUUCCUCGCAAAGAGAGCUUACCGGUCCACGGCAUCGACAUAGGCACAGGUGCCUCUUGUAUCUAUCCACUCCUCGGCUGCUGCAUCGCAGAAUAUUGGCAUUUUACUGCACUUGAAAUCGACGACCGGUCCAUCGAGUAUGCUCGGGAGAAUGUUGAGCGCAACAAUCUCCAGGAUCGCAUCUGCAUUCUUAAAAACAGUGGGUCCGAGCUGCUUCCACCCAACCUUCUCACGAGAGACAGUUACGAUUUUUGCAUGUGCAACCCACCGUUCUAUGAAGAUGCCGUCGCCGUGGCAAAGGGAGUCGAGGCGAAAGCGUUGCUGCCGCGAGCUGUGUGCACUGGCUCUCGGAAUGAAAUGAUCACAGACGGCGGCGAGUACGCCUUCGUUGCUAGACUCUUUGAAGAGAGUUGCAAGCUGCGUGGGCGUAUCAGCAUGUACUCCAGUCUCAUUGGGCGCAAGAAAGACGGCACCGCACUGCUGAAGCUGCUGGAGGCAUCCAAGGACGUCUCGUUUGUUCGGCUAGUUGCCUUUCGUCAGGGUACGACGAGAAGAUGGAUCCUGUUUUGGAGCUUUGUCGUUCCCAACGGUCAGCCGUCUCAGCUCGAUGCAGAUCCUCAGAGCCAGCUCGCUGCGCCAGAUACAGCCAGCUCCGAUGCAGUGCCUUCAAGCUGAACAGCGGCGACAUGGACUGUUGCAUGUGCCAUGCAGUGCAAUCGGGCACAGCACCGACUCCACGUUUGCCGGACGGCUUGCGGACAUCGACUUGCUUCAGAAUACAUUGCAAGGAUUUGACCAGCCCGCUGGUGGGUUCCUUGCGAUUUGCCAUCGAUACCGCCGGCCCCAUCAGUACACUUUAUUCAGAAAAAAAAAAAAAACGGGACAAUAUAGCCGUUUCCAUGAACAUGUAGUAUGUGCUGUGCUUGCGUCAAGCAAAGCCACAAGAAAUACAUCAAAUCACUUUGGCAGCCUCCGAGUGAAAA